AUGUCCGACGACAAGUCGCCGUCAGCACCGACGUCCCCCAAUGGCACGCCCCCGAUCAAGAGCAGCAACAGCAGCCCCGACUUGGCCCAGCAGCAGCAGCAGCAGACGCUCCUCCAGCAGCAGCUCCAGCAGCAGCAGCUCCAGCUCCUCCAGCUCCAACAGCACCAGCUCCAGAGUCUCAGCCAGAACAUGAGCGCCAGCGAACUCACGGCGCUGCAGCACCAGCAGCAGCAACUCGCGCUCUUUAUGAUGCCCAUGUUCCCGCUCAUGAUGCCGUCGCUCCAGCAGCUGCCACAUGCCCUGCGACUGCUUCGGAUCAAGCAGCAGCCGAAGCGGCUGAAGCUGCUGCCGAUGCUGCUUGCUGCUGCUGCCCAUAGUGAAGUGCUGCCGAGUUAUUCACCAGCAAGCGCCGAGUCGUUGGGGCUCGCGUCGUCCUUUGGGGGCUCGGACGCCUUUGGACUGUUACCAGGGACGACGAUGCAGGCUGCAGCUGCUGCUGCUGGUGGUGGUUUAAACCUGGACGACGUGCCGAAGCGGAAACGCGGUCGACCACCAAAAAAAGACGUGGCGGCACGAGCUAAAGGGGACGUGGAGAAAGCACUCAAACAGCAGCAACAACAGCAGCAGCAGCAGAUGCCGUUAUGGGGCUACGGUCUUCCGAUGCCGCUCUUGCCGGGGUUUCCACCGGGCAUGCUCUCGGGCAUGUCGAAUCCAGGAGCUGUGGUGAUGAAGGGGGACCAUGCUGCUUGUGAAGACGAGCUGGAGCAAGAGGGAGACGCCGAGCGGCCAUCUAAGACGGCCAAGAAAAAACAGCGGGGGACAGGCAAACCACGGGGUCGACCCCGCACGCGGCCACGUCCAGGUGAGAUCAUUCGUCGGGUCAAGCCUCUUCCGAUUGCACCGGCAAACUUUUCCGUCAUGUACAACUAUUCGCUCUCGAACUUAGCGCACAAGAGCGCGGAACUCAAUGGGGAUGGCAGCGUAGCGGACACGGACGCUACGACGGGCACAGAUGAAGCACAGGACCGCGGACUGGCGUCGCUCAGUGCGUCGCUGCUGUCUGGCGAGCACGAGUAA